AUGUCCAGAGUGAAGACCGCUGUUGCCGCCCCAGCUGCGGGGACCGAGGACAACACCUCUGCUUCCGGGGCCAUUAGCUUCCCAGAUACGUCAUCAAAGUCCGUUGCAAUCUGGCUGAUUGCCAGCGCCGUCAGUGUCUUUGGCAUUGUGGUCUGGGGCGGCCUGACCCGUCUAACAGAGUCCGGUCUCAGUAUCACGGAGUGGAAGCCUGUCACCGGCACCCUCCUCCCCCGCAACGAGGAGGACUGGGAGGCAGAGUUCAACAAGUACCGCGCCAGCCCCGAAUACGCCCGCCUCAACCCUAACAUGACCCUCGAGGAGUUCAAGAAGAUCUACUUCAUGGAAUGGUCGCACCGCCUCUGGGGCCGCGUUAUUGGCAUGUCGUUUGUCCUCCCGGCCAUCUACUUUGUCGCCCGCCGCCGUGUCACAAAACGCAUCGCUUGGAAUCUCCUCGGCAUUGCUGUCCUGAUUGGCUGCCAGGGAAUCAUUGGCUGGUGGAUGGUGACUUCGGGCCUGCGUGAUGAGCUGUUUUCUCCGGGCGCGCAGCCGCCUCGUGUAUCACAGUACCGUUUGACGGCCCACCUGGCUACAGCCUUUGUGUGCUACUCGUGGAUGCUCAUGACUGGUUUGUCUAUCCUGCGUGAUCUUCGAGUCCGUGCCGACCCCGCUGCUGCCGCGAAGCUGGCAAAUAAACUGGCACUACCGGCUCUGCGGCCCUUCCGCCUCGCCGUCGCGGCACUGACAGCUCUUGUUUUCACCACCGCCAUGUCGGGUGCUGUGGUGGCCGGCCUGGACGCAGGCCUCAUCUACAACGAGUUCCCAAAAAUGGGCAACGGCAUCACGCCUCCACGCGAGGAACUGUGGGAUGCUCACUACAGCCGCAAGCCUGACCACAGUGACCUGUGGUGGCGCAAUAUGCUCGAAAACCCCUCUCUGGUCCAGCUUGACCACCGCAUCUUGGCCACCACAACAUUCUGUUACAUCCUGGCCCUGUUCGCCUUCUCGCGCAGCGGCCGCAUUGCCCCCGUGCUGCCCCGAAACGCCAAACGCGGCACCACCGGCGUCGUGCACUUGGUUCUGAUGCAAGCUACGCUAGGCAUCUGUACGCUGAUUUACAUGGUGCCGACACACCUCGCAGCUACGCACCAGGCUGGCAGCUUGGCACUGCUGACAGGUGUACUUGUUCUUGGCCAACGCUUGCGUAUGCCCAAGUCAACGUUGCGUUUGAUUCAGAAAUAUGCCACAAAAGGUCCACAUCAGCCAAGCAUGGGCUCGCGGGUCACGCCCAAGCUGUAA